AUGCGGCUGCGCGAUCUGGCGAUCGUCUGGGGCCUACUGGCGACCCUACUGCAGGGCGCCGGUGGCAAAGGGGGCGGCGUCCAGCCGGACGGGUCCAUCUUCAGCGUGCACUCCGACGGCGACUUCGACAUGUCGAACAGGACCGUCUUCUUCAGGCCCUUCCAGGGAGACAGGAAGACGUCGUACGUCUACAGCGUGCUGGACGCACCGGUGGAGAAGGCGCUGAGCCCCCUGGGCGUCGGGGGCGACUACGUGCGCCUGAGCCUGGAGGGGGCUGAGGAGGGUACACCUUUUUUUGGGUCUCUGUAUUCGGAAAUCUACAUCCACAGGAGUGGUUACAUUGUCUUCCAGGAGCAAGACCUGCUGUUCGACACACCGGCGGCCUGCUUUGAGGCGGCUCUGCAGUUUCCUUCUCAGGGCAUGCCAAAGAUGAUCAGCGCCUUCUGCACAAACUCGACAGAUGUGUCCAAAACAGUCAAAUUGGAGAGGCACACAAGCAGCGCAAUGGUCGAAUGGAAUCUGCCGUGGACCCCUUGCUCCGGGGGAAAUGAACCUGACACUCAAGGAAGGUACUGGAAGCAUAGAGUGAUGGCAUCUGGUCUAAAUUUGGGACAACAAGCCCACUGGGCUCCUUGUCUUCGAAUCCGAGAUCCGCUGUCAACGGAUUGA